AUGUUUCGCAAUUAUCACAGCAAGUUUGUGGAGGAAAGUGAGAGAUUAACCAGAUCCAACUCGGCGGCGGGGCAAGAAUCUCGAGAUGCUCCUGGGGAAAUCUCUAGACAAGUAGCAAGUCGAACAUCCAGACGAAUGCCCAGCAUGGAGAAGUUGGAGGCUCCCGCUGUUGAUUUUCGACGAUCGCCAGAACCAGAAUCGCGGCGUGGGUCACGAGAACCACGACGAAUUUCCAGUAGGGAUAAGAUGCAAGAUUUCGUUUUAGUUCCUACCAGAACAGAAAGACACAAAUCAAGUCAAAGAUCGAGACGAGCUCCGAGUAUGGAGCGAAUGCAAGUCUCCGCUCAUUCUUCCGAUUAUCCAAGAGCAGUCUUGAGAUCCGUACCUAGACCCGUCUUUCCCAUCGUUGCUUCUUCCAAACCACCCAAUAUAUCGACCUCAAGCGUAUCAAGUUCGAUGAGAAUGUCAGCCGAUGAUCUAGAAGGUAGCGAAUACCUAGAACCAACAUUGGCGGAAAGUACUUUUGCGCGACAGAGUGUUUCUAGCAGAGUUCGCAAACCUGGUUAUGGUACUGUUAGUGCGUCGUCGAAGCCAUGGGGCAAUGCCGCGAAUUUUAUGGAAUGGGGAAAUGUUGCACAAUAUAUGGGGUUGAAAGGCGGACGCAGUGGAGCGGAGAACAAGAAGCUUGUAACGAAACAACCUGGCACGAAUCGUGCUCCUGUCUACAGACCACAGCGUUUAGAGAGGGAUGUAUUCGCAUUCAAAGCUCCAUUGGCAGCGAAGGAACAACAGCUGCGAGAGCGUGUUACGAGAAAGUCUAGGGAGGAGGAGGGGAGGGAGAGACGCGAGACAGAGGCUGAGGAUGCCGCGAUGGAUGAUGUGGAGUUUGGGCCAACAAUCCCACCUUGGAUUCCGAAGUAUCAAUCUUCCUUUGCCAACCGCAAGGGAUUCUCUUCUCCAAGUGGAAGUGGAAGAUUCCCAGCUAGAGGGGAGAAUUCGCGAAGAUUGAACAAAAGCGAAGAGGAUGAUUUAUAG